UCAGGGUUGGCCUCUUCUUUAUAAAAGCAACACUCAGUCACUUUCCAAGCCAUUCCUCAUUCUUCAUCUUUUUUGGUCCGUUCAUUCAGCAGAAUGAAGAAGCUGAUCCUCGACGUUGACACUGGAGUCGAUGAUGCUCAGGCCAUCAUGAUCGCCCUCACUGCUCCAGAUGUGGAGGUUUUGGGGAUCACCUGCUGCCAUGGCAACACUCCUCUGGAGAACGUCCUCACAAACACCCUGCGUGUCCUGAAAGUCUGCAACAGGCUGGACAUUCCAGUUUAUGAGGGUUUCUCGAAGCCUCUGCUGGCCAGUAAACAGCACGCGUCGGAUUAUCAUGGGAAAGACGGACUGGGGGACGUCCCAGACCCAGACGCUCCAGGUGUGGAGCUGCUGCAGAAGAAGACAGCGGCGCAGGCGAUGCAUAAAAUUGCAAGGGAAAAUCCAGGAGAGGUGAUCCUUGUGGCUACUGGACCCCUGACUAACCUUGCAGUCGCGGUGCAGCUGGACCCUUCCUUCCCCAAAAAGCUGAAAGCACUCUACAUCAUGGGAGGAAACACCGAGUCUCGGGGUAACACCACUUCGUGUGGUGAGUUCAACUUUGUGGCCGACCCUGAAGCGGCUUUCAUCGUUUUGGACCGCUACACCUGUCCCACCUACAUCGCUGCGUGGGAGUUCAGUUGCCGGAGCAGCCUCCCAUGGUCUUUCUGGGACGAGUGGCUGUCCGUAAAGACAGAGAAGGCUGCCUUCAUCAGGAAGAUAUCAGAGCUUUCAAUGAAGAAAGCUCGUUCAGAUGAGUAUCAAAAAGAAGUCAUAGCUGGGCAAGGCUUUAAUCCCUGCGACGUGUUCGCGCUCGCCGCUGCGGUCGACAACGGCUUCAUAACAAAGAGUGAGAAGGUGGCAGUGACAGUGGAGCUGAAUGGGAAACACACCCGGGGUAUGAUGGUGCUGGACUACAUGGAGUGCCUGAAGAAGGAGCACAAGGCCGUCAUCAUGAAAACAGUCAACCUGGAGAAGCUGAAGAAAAUGCUGUGCAACGCCGUAAAGUAGAAACAUCUCCAUGAAACAAGAAGAGAACCUGAAACGAGCUUUUGGGUUUAGAGCAAACAUUUUUCAGAACCCUUCAGCCUGCAUUAAUCUGCAUAAAAAGGAAAAAAAACUUUAGAACAUUAAUAACUGAUAGGGUCUUUUUUUUCUUUCUAUAACUUUGAAAUUGAACCCUGUCAAUUAGUUGCUCUGGAUUAUAUUUUAACAUUAAAACAGUACAACGGUGUGAAUGUUUCUUUUUCUCCUCUACUGACAGAUUUUUGUGAUUCAUUCUUUUUAAUGAACAGAAACGAAUGGAUGGAGGAUGCAGCAAUAUAGUUUCAAAAUAAACCUUUGCUUUCAUGUA